AUGAGGCAGCUUUUAGAGGAUUUAGAGGGUGCAGACAGUUUUAUAGAUGAUAUAAUUGUCUGGGGACGAAACAAGCAUGAACACGAUAGGAGACUAAUUGCAUUGUUAAAAAGAGCUAGGGAAAUUAAUUUAAAAUUUAAUAAAAAGAAAUGCAAAAUAGCAGUUGAAGAAGUUACCUACUUGGGUCAUAUUUUUGAUAAAAACGGUAUGAGGCCUGACCCUAAUAAAGUAAAAGCCAUCUCUGAGAUGGCUCAACCCUCGGACAGAAAAAGUUUGGAAAGAUUUUUGGGAGCAGUUAAUUAUUUAUCGAAAUUUAUUCCGUGUUAUUCUGAUCGCGCUCUUCCCUUAACGAAUUUGUUAAAAAAAGAUUGUAUUUGGCGUUGGGAGCUUAGUGAGCAGACGGCAUUCGACAAAUUAAAAGAAUCGGUUUGCACAGCGCCAGUGUUAGCGUUGUACGACGUUUCACAGCCAGUCUUGUUAUCGGUAGACGCAUCUCGCGAUGCACUCGGUGCGGUGCUACUGCAGGUCGGUCGGCCGGUUGAAUACGCCUCGCGAACUCUUACAGAUACGCAACGCCGGUAUGCUCAAGUGGAAAAGGAGUUGUUGGCAAUUGUGUUCGCCUGUGAACGAUUUCACCAAUACAUUUUUGCAAAAAAUGAUGUUGUCACAGAAACAGAUCAUAAACCUUUGGAAAGUAUUUUUAAAAUGCCAUUAAUGUCCGUCCCAGCCCGCUUACAACGUAUGAUGCUUAGAAUACAAGGCUAUGACUUAAUAGUUAAGUAUAAACCAGGAAAAUAUAUGUAUAUUUCAGAUGCAUUAUCUCGCGCGCCGCUUCCCGACUUAGCAUUAGAUGAUAAAUUAGAUAAAAAAAUUCUAUGUCAAGUAAAAUUAAUUGUAAACAGUAUUCCAAUUUCAAAUAACAAGUUAACGCUGAUAAAAAAUGAAACGAAAAAAGAUUUUGAUUUGUGUACAUUACUAAAUUACAUUAAAUUAGGAUGGCCUCAUGAUAAGUGUAACGUAAUAGAAAAUCUCAAAAAAUAUUGGUCUUUAAAAAAUGAGUUAUAUGUGGUAGAUGACGUCAUAUUUAGAGAUAAUGUUGUUUUAGUCCCUCGUUCCCUGCGAACAGAUAUGUUGAAAAUUGUACACGAAGGACACUUAGGUAUAGAUCGGUGCAAGUGA